GGGGAGCGGGGGUGAGCAGGGUUGACCUGGGGAGUCGGGUCGGCGUGCACCGCACUCCCCUCUCACACCGUCUACCGGUCACACGCGCUCCGCCGCUCCUCCAGCCACCAGCCACCAUCAACCAGCCACCAUGGUCAACUACAACGGAGAGUACAAGCUGACCUCGUCGGAGAACUUCGACGAGUACAUGAAGACCGUCGGAGUGGGUAUGAUCACGCGGAAGGCGGCCAACGCGGCCACGCCCGUGGUCACCGUCACCACCGACGGCUCCCACUGGAAGCUCAAGCAGGUCACCUCCUUCAAGACGCACGAGCAGGAGUUCGACAUCGGCGUCGAGCAGGAGAUCAGCACCGCUGACGGCCGCAAGGUCAAGAGCGUGGUGACCAAGGAGGGCGACGUGCUGACCGAGACCCAGGUGGGCGACGGCAAGACCUCCACCCUGGUGCGCAAGUUCACCGACAGCGCCAUGGAGAUGACGGUCAGCUGCGGCGACGUCGUCUGUAAGCGGGUCUACACGCGGCAGUAGGAGGGGAGCAGCGAGACGCCCGGACCACCGGGGCGCAGGGCUAUGAGCGGCCCGACCGCGACGGCCGCCGGCCCUGGACACAUCACUACCGACAAUACACGACUCACGGGACGA